AUGGGUCAGAAUAACAUUCAUCAUGAAGAAGGAGACGAGGAAGAAGGGGAUAAUACCGACGAAGAAGGGGAUUAUACCAACCCUUUUGGUAGAGGACGCCGUGAAGGUAGGAUAAUCCAACGUGACGAUUCUGAGCGCUGGAAGGCCGGAAUAAAAGUGGAGGUUCCAGAAUUCUAUGGAGGUUUAGAACCGGAGGAGUUUCUUUCGUGGUUGAACACAGCUGAGGAAGUAUUGGAAUUUAAGGAUGUACCAGAUAACAAACGAGUUCAGCUGGUAGCAACUAUGUUUCGGGGAAGAGCUAAUUCGUGGUGGCAACAACACAAACUACAACGCUCUCGUAAAGGGAAGCAGAAGUUAGUCUCGUGGGAGAAGAUGAAGAAACAUAUGAGAGCAGAAUUUUUACCACACAACUAUAUCAGCUUGAUGUACCAGCAACUACAAAACCUACGCAAGGGAACACGUUCUAUAGACGAGUACACGAAGGAAUUUUAUCAAUUACUUUCUCUUAACGAUUUGUCGGAGUCAGAUGAGCAAAGAGUCGCACGUUAUGUAGGUGGUCUUCCUCAGCAAUAUCAGGAUACACUUAACAUGUUUGACUGUUGUUCUAUAUCGGAUGCACAUCAUAGAGCAAGGCAGGUAGAGAAACAAGUGGGGCGUAGAAGUUCAAAUUGGGGUAACAAUGUAGCAUCUUCCCCAACAAGUAAUCGUAGUACAUCAACAACUAGUACUGUUAACAAACCUAAUUCGGUUUCGAACCCAAGUAAAACUCCAAUCAGCUAUUUUGGAGGCAAGUGUAAUAAGUGCGGUGAAACUGGGCACAAAGGAACUGACUGUCGCAAAGUAGAACGUGUGAACAAGGUUCUUUUCAAUGAAGACAAUCGUGAAGAAGAUGAUUGGGUACCUGAAUAUGAUGAGGAUCCAGAGGAUGACUCUGAACCUAGUGAUGAAGUAGUUACAGGAGAUACAGGAGUGAACUUUGUAGCAAGAAGAAGUUUUCUCACUCCACGUACAGAUGAGGACGACAACUGGUUACGUAAUAAUAUAUUCCAAACGACAUGUACGAUCGAGGGAAAAGUUUGUCGUUUAGUUAUUGAUCCUGGAAGUUGCGAGAUUAUUAUUGACGAAGAGGUCGUGAAACGGUUUAGGCUGGAAACCAAGGCACAUCCGCAUCCAUAUAAACUUUCUUGGCUUAAGAAAGGGAAUGAGGUGAAAGUAAACAAACGUUGCUUGGUUUCUUUUUCGAUUGGUAACAAAUAUAAAGAUAAAAUAUGGUGUGACAUUACUAGUAUGGAUGCUUGUCACUUGUUGUUGGGUCGACCAUGGGAGUUUGACAGGAAAACUAGUCAUGACGGGCAUAAAAAUACCUACAGCUUUUUAUGGAACGACGUACGUAUAGUACUUGUACCCAGCAAAGAAAUUGCACCUAAACCAUCUACCGGACAAACUACCAAUCUCUUGUCGUUUAAGCAGUUUGAAGUUGAGGCAGAAGAUGCAGGAGAACUGUAUGUGUUGAUUAGCAAAGACCAACAGCCGGAUGAAAGUAGUAUCCCUAUUGCAACUCAACCUUUAAUUAAGGAAUUUAUUGAUGUUUUCCCUAACGAGUUGCCAGACGAGCUACCACCUCUCCGGGAUAUACAACACCAUAUUGAUCUCAUCCCUGGAUCAAGCUUGCCAAACAAAGCGCAUUAUAGAAUGAGUCCUAAGGAGCAUGAAGAACUUCGUCGUCAAGUGGAAGAGUUGUUACAGAAAGGUUUGAUCCGACAGAGCCUAAGUCCUUGUGCUGUACCGGCCUUGUUGAUUCCAAAGAAAGAUGGAACGUGGAGAAUGUGUGUUGACAGUCGAGCCAUCAACAAAAUCACAGUAAAAUACCGUUUUCCAAUUCCUAGAUUGGAUGACCUGCUAGAUCAGUUGUGUGGAGCGAAGGUGUUUAGCAAACUCGACUUGAAGAGUGGGUACCAUCAGAUCAGAAUUCGAGAAGGUGAUGAGUGGAAAACAGCUUUUAAGACUCGAGAAGGGUUAUAUGAGUGGAUGGUUAUGCCGUUUGGAUUGUCCAAUGCGCCUAGUACAUUCAUGCGUAUAAUGAAUCAAGUUCUCAGGCCCUUUAUCGGUACUUUUGUGGUCGUUUAUUUCGACGAUAUUCUUAUUUAUAGUGUUGAUAUGAACAUGCAUUUUCAACAUCUUCGAGAAGUGCUUUCAACUCUACGUCGGGAAAAAUUAUUUGCAGCCAUCAAGAAGUGUUCAUUCAUGACUGACCAAAUUCUAUUUCUCGGCUAUGUCGUAACCAAGGAUGGAAUAAAGGUAGAUGAUUCCAAGGUUGAAGCUGUAAGAAAUUGGACCACACCCACUACACUGCACGAGGUAAGGAGUUUUCAUGGUUUCGCUUCUUUUUACCGGCGUUUUAUUCAUCACUUCAGCACCAUUAUGGCACCCAUUACUGAAUGCAUGAAAGUAGGAAAGUUCUCAUGGUCUGAGGAAGCUGACAAAGCCUUUGAAGCAGUCAAGACAAAACUAAUAACCGCACCACUAUUGGUGUUACCUGAUUUCAGCAAGCCAUUUGAAUUACACUGUGAUGCAUCGAAGGUGGGAAUUGGAGCUGUUUUGAGUCAGGAAGGACGACCUGUAGCAUAUUUUAGUGAGAAGUUGAAUGGUGCUAAGACCAACUACAGUACUUAUGAUGUGGAGUUUUAUGCCAUAGUUCAAGCCUUGAAGCAUUGGCGACACUAUCUAAUUCAUAACGAAUUCAUUAUGUUUUCUGACCAUGAUUCUUUAAGGCAUAUCAAUAGGCAAGAGAAGCUUUCAUCUAGACAUGGUAAGUGGGCUUCUUAUUUGCAAGAGUUCACUUUUGUACUGAAGCACAAAGCUGGGUCGCAGAAUCAAGUUGCUGAUGCUUUAAGCCGUCGAAGUAUGUUACUCAACACCAUGCGAACUGAGGUAAUAGAUUUUGAUUCGUAUUCUGAACAUAUUCUAACCGAUCCACACUUUGUGGAGAUUGUGGAUAAUAUCAGUCUAGGAAAACGAAGUGAUUACCUUAUGCAUGAAGGAUUUCUCUUUAAAGGUAACCAAUUGUGUAUUCCCGAUUCUAGUCUUCGAUUGAAGAUUAUUAAGGAGUUACAUGACGAGGGGCACAUGGGUAGAGAUAAAACUUUCCAGCUUGUUUCAAAAUCAUAUUACUGGCCAACAAUGAGGCGUGAAGUUGCUAAAUUCGUGGACAGAUGUCGAAUCUGUCAAGUUUCAAAAGGAAAAGCAACCAAUGCAGGGUUAUAUAUACCACUAAAAGUUCCAAGCCAACCAUGGUCAGAUUUGAGCAUGGAUUUCGUAUUGGGUUUACCUCGAACUCAGAGGGGGCAUGAUUCAGUAUUUGUUGUUGUCGACCGUUUUUCAAAAAUGUCUCACUUUAUUGCUUGCAAGAAGACUACUAAUGCACUGAAGGUAGCUGAAUUGUUCUUCCAAGAAGUGUAUCGUCUACAUGGAUUGCCCUGUUCAAUAGUCAGUGAUCGAGACACAAGAUUCCUUAGUUAUUUCUGGAAAACCUUGUGGAAAUUGGCUAAUACAAGACUUAAUUUCAGUAGUGCGUAUCAUCCUCAAAGUGAUGGCCAAACAGAAGUUGUGAAUCGUUCUUUGGGUGAUAUACUACGGUGUAUGGUUGGAGACAAUCCGAAAAGUUGGGACCAGAAACUUUGCCAAGCUGAAUUUGCAUUUAAUCGUUCAGUCAACCGUAGCCUGGGUAUGAGUCCGUUCGAGGUUGUUUAUGGAUACAAUCCACGAGCACCAAUAGAUUUAGCUCGUGUUCCUGAUUUGAAGAGAAUUGAAGUUCGUGCUGAAGAACGUAUCCAACAGCUGCAGCAAGUUCACAAGUUGGCCGAAGAACAGUUGCUUCGAGCUAAUGAAAGGUACAAGGAGGCGGCAGAUAAGAAACGCAGAGUUGUCGAGUUUGAAGUAGGGGAUUUUGUCUGGGCAAUAUUGACAAAGGAUCGUUUUCCAGUUGGCGAGUACAACAAACUGAAGGCGCGCAAGAUUGGUCCCUUGGAAAUUGUCGCAAAGAUUAAUUCCAAUGCAUACAAGUUGAAGCUUCCAAGUCACAUCCGUACUUCUGAUGUUUUUAAUGUCAAACACUUAGUGCCUUUUUGUGGUGAUAAUUCUGAUGAUGAUACGACAAAUUCGAGGGCGAAUUUCUCCCAACCCCGAGAGAAUGAUGCAGAUGAGCAGAGCCAGUUCGAUUCCAGGGUUAGUAAUAUGCCAAGGUUACCAGUUGGUCGAGGUCGUGGUCGAGGUCGUGUUCGAGGCCAAGAAGUUGAUCCAAUUGAUUAUAAUACGAUGAAGGAAGAAUUAUUGAAUGAAAUCCGAGUGAUGAUGGGUCAGAAUAACAUUCAUCAUGAAGAAGGAGACGAGGAAGAAGGGGAUAAUACCGACGAAGAAGGGGAUUAUACCAACCCUUUUGGUAGAGGACGCCGUGAAGGUAGGAUAAUCCAACGUGACGAUUCUGAGCGCUGGAAGGCCGGAAUAAAAGUGGAGGUUCCAGAAUUCUAUGGAGGUUUAGAACCGGAGGAGUUUCUUUCGUGGUUGAACACAGCUGAGGAAGUAUUGGAAUUUAAGGAUGUACCAGAUAACAAACGAGUUCAGCUGGUAGCAACUAUGUUUCGGGGAAGAGCUAAUUCGUGGUGGCAACAACACAAACUACAACGCUCUCGUAAAGGGAAGCAGAAGUUAGUCUCGUGGGAGAAGAUGAAGAAACAUAUGAGAGCAGAAUUUUUACCACACAACUAUAUCAGCUUGAUGUACCAGCAACUACAAAACCUACGCAAGGGAACACGUUCUAUAGACGAGUACACGAAGGAAUUUUAUCGAUUACUUUCUCUUAACGAUUUGUCGGAGUCAGAUGAGCAAAGAGUCGCACGUUAUGUAGGUGGUCUUCCUCAGCAAUAUCAGGAUACACUUAACAUGUUUGACUGUUGUUCUAUAUCGGAUGCACAUCAUAGAGCAAGGCAGGUAGAGAAACAAGUGGGGCGUAGAAGUUCAAAUUGGGGUAACAAUGUAGCAUCUUCCCCAACAAGUAAUCGUAGUACGUCAACAACUAGUACUGUUAACAAACCUAAUUCGGUUUCGAACCCAAGUAAAACUCCAAUCAGCUAUUUUGGAGGCAAGUGUAAUAAGUGCGGUGAAACUGGGCACAAAGGCACUGACUGUCGCAAAGUAGAACGUGUGAACAAGGUUCUUUUCAAUGAAGACAAUCGUGAAGAAGAUGAUUGGGUACCUGAAUAUGAUGAGGAUCCAGAGGAUGACUCUGAACCUAGUGAUGAAGUAGUUACAGGAGAUACAGGAGUGAACUUUGUAGCAAGAAGAAGUUUUCUCACUCCACGUACAGAUGAGGACGACAACUGGUUACGUAAUAAUAUAUUCCAGUCGACAUGUACGAUCGAGGGAAAAGUUUGUCGUUUAGUUAUUGAUCCUGGAAGUUGCGAGAUAUUAUUGACGAAGAGGUCGUGA